AUGGCUUCUCCACAACAAAUCCGCACCACGCUCACCGACCUGCUGAAGAUUCAGCACCCGGUCAUGCUUGCGGGCAUGAACGUGGCUGCUGGGCCUAGGCUUGCGGCUGCCGUCAGCAACGCUGGAGGCAUCGGUGUUCUCGGAGGCAUCGGGUACACCCCAGACAUGUUGCGCGAGCAGAUCGCCGAGUUGAAGGAAUACCUGACGGACAAGAACGCGCCUUUCGGUGUUGACCUACUGCUUCCUCAAGUCGGUGGCUCUGCGCGCAAGACCAACUAUGACUACACCAAGGGCAAGCUGCCUGAGCUCAUCGACAUCAUCAUCGAUUCUGGUGCCAAGCUCUUCGUCUGUGCGGUCGGUGUUCCACCCAAGGCCGUUGUGGAGAAGCUCCAUGGAGCUGGCAUUCUCUACAUGAACAUGAUCGGACACCCCAAGCACAUCAAGAAGUGCCUUGACCUCGGCGUCGACCUCAUCUGCGCACAGGGUGGUGAAGGUGGUGGCCACACUGGAGACGUCCCCACAUCUGUCUUUAUCCCUGAGGCAGUCAAGAUCGUCAAGGGCCACAAGUCACCCUUGACCGGCGAGCAGGUGCAGAUUGUUGCUGCUGGUGGUAUCUACAGCGGCGAGUCGCUUGCUGCUAUGCUUGCUUUUGGUGCCGCUGGUGUCUGGGUUGGUACUCGAUUCAUUCUCUGUGAGGAGGCUGGUGCCUCGAAAGACCACCAGGAGGCCGUUCGAACUGCCGGCUGGGACGACAACGUUCGCACAAUCAUCUUCACGGGGCGACCUCUGCGUGUUCGCACCAACAAGUACAUUCAGGACUGGGAAGAAAACAGGGCCUCCGAGAUUAGGGAACUCACUAGCAAGGGUAUACUCCCUGUCGAGUAUGACCUUGAGAAGCUUGGCGAUGACAUUGACGAUGACAUGAUGGACAACGCACGACCCCAUCUGAUGGGCAAGGUUUCCGCCGCAGUCACCGAGAAGAAGAGUGCGAAGGCAAUUGUCGAUGAGCUCGUGAACGACGCCGUCAAGGCGCUGCGGACAAGCAACUCGUUGAUCGUUUCGAAGGCUAAGCUAUGA